AUGAGCUUAGAGAAAGCGUUGACGCACCUGGACCUGGACAAGAUUGCCAAGGUGGACAAGGUGGACGACUUCGUUACCAGCCCGAAGUUGAACCAGUGGAUCGGGCACAUGGCCGACACCAACAGACAUGCAAGCAGCAAAAAAGACGCCAUGACGAUAACCAAGUUCCUCGUCAGUCAGCGCGGAGACGACGAAGUGGUGAAGCUGCUGUCUGCUGCAAGAGCCAGCGACAAUAAAGCGGUGAGGAAGCUGGGGUAUAAGCUCCAAUUUGACCAGUUCAAACUCUGGAUUAAGGCCGGUAAAGAACCGUCCCAACUGCGCAAGGAAGUUCCUGCGCUGAGCAAGAGGAUGAGGACCGCAUACAGACAAGAAUACGAAAACGCACUUGCCAAGGCCGCGGCGGCGGCUGAGAAGGCCAACGAAAAGGUUAGAGCAAGUGCGGAUAUUAUAUUUGUAAAGCCGUAG